AUGAAUGCAAAAAUAGCAGCAAAACAGAAGACUGUUGCCAUGAUGUGUAUAGGAAGUAUAGAUGACACGAAAAAGGCUGUUGAUAAAAUAAUAAGGGAAUUUAUAGGAGAACACAAUCUAAAGGUAAAUACAGAAAAUGCUUCUAUAGAAAUCAGUGGUGAUAAGAAGAGAGUAGAACAAGCUGUUUGCGGACUGUUAUUGUGUAAAAAGUAUGAUGAGAAGACUAUAAGUUUCACGUUAAAAUAA